CAAAUGCAAGUCCUCCGUAUCACUAUAUUUAUAAUAUAUUUUUUAGUGGAACAAUUGAAAUUAUUGUGUAAACUAUGUGAUAAAUAUUACCCUAUUUUAAAAGUAUGGGGAUUAUUCCAAUUUACUGUGUCUAUCCGUCAUCCAGAUGAUCUAGAGAAAAUACUAAGCAGCACUAAGCACAUCGAUAAAAGUCGUUUAUAUAAUAUAAUGCAUCCCUGGCUCGGUACAGGUCUCCUCACUAGUACAGGUUUGGCUAGUGAAUUGCUGGAACAUUGUUUAGGAGCAGAAACACAAGAUAACAAUGAAAAUUCUUUUACUGCAUUGAUUUGGACUUUUGCUCCACAACACCUUCAUUCUGGGGCGUUAAAUGGCAAGCACGACGAAAGAUAUUAAGACCUGCGUUCCAUUUUAAUAUAUUAAAUCAGUUUGUUGAUAUCUUGA